GUCAAAUUUUGGGGGAGAAGCUGAGUUUGAGAAAGAGCAUUGAGUCAAUUGAACAUGUGUCAUCCAUAAUUAAUCUCUUUAUUAUCACUUCCCCAAAGUCCAUAAGCCUCUCUCUUUCCUCUCCGUUUCCUCUUUCAGAUUCUUUUUUCUCCUUUCUACCCCUCCCUUCUCUACCACCACAUCGUAAAACUCACACACACAGAAAAAAAAAAAAGGAACAGUUUUACAACCGCAAGAUCAGAAAUUCAGAAGCUCACAACACAACUGGAGGGGAGAAAAAAUUCAAUCGCAUCACUUCCGAUCCAUUGGAGUCGCCGCCGAUGGCGUCAAAAGUUACUGAUAGGAUUGAACUAGCGAAGCUUUGUAGCUCAAAGGAGUGGUCCAAAGCAAUUCGAAUUCUUGAUUCACUUCUUGCUCAAACCUGUGUCAUUCAAGACAUCUGUAACCGAGCGUUUUGCUAUAGUAAAUUGGAGCUCCACAAGCAUGUUAUUAAGGAUUGUGAUAAGGCACUUCAGCUCGAUCCUAAGCUUCUGCAAGCUUAUAUACUUAAAGGACGUGCAUUAUCUGCUCUUGGUAAGAAAGAGGAAGCUCUUCUAAUUUGGGAGCAAGGGUAUGAACAUGCAGUUCAUCAGUCUGCAGACUUAAAGCAACUGUUAGAGCUUGAAGAGCUGCUCAAAAUUGCAAAGCAGAACACCGCAGUUGCCACCGACAGUCAUUCGGUGCAGUCAUCUGGCCCUGAGUCCAAAACUGGGCCUCCACUUUCUACCAAAUCUGUUGAAACUUGUGAUAUUAGUAAGGCCUCAGAUAGGAAACUUAAAGCAUGUAGCGGUGGGAUGUUGGAAAGCUCUGAGAAAUCAAAUAAUAGCUCUAUUUUACAAAAUUCCUCAAGUAAUAAUGCCAAAAAGCAUAAAAAGCCAAAUGAAUUGCAUGAGAGACAAGCAAAUGGAACCAACAACAAUUGCAAAAAAUUGGGUUAUCCAUCACUGGUUUGCAGUGAGUUAAGUGAUAUAUCUGAAGACAGUAGGAAAUCAUCUGCAGUAACUAGUGAUUCAAGUGAACAGUCAGAACCAAAUGAGUUGCAGGAAAUUCUCAGUCAGUUGAAUAAUAAAUGCGAUGUUCGCCUUGAAUUGAGUGAUGAAGGCAAGAGAAACAAGAAAUUCUGUGUUACCAGGGUUAACAAGACCAAGUCAAUUAAUGUUGAUUUCCGAUUAUCAAGGGGAAUAGCACAGGUUAAUGAAGGAAGAUAUGGUAAUGCUGUAUCCAUCUUUGACCAGAUACUAGAACAAGAUCCAACAUACCCCGAGGCACUUAUCGGUAGGGGAACAGCGUUGGCAUUUCAAAGAGAACUUGAUGCAGCUAUUUCUGAUUUUACAAAGGCUAUACAAUCAAAUCCAUCUGCUGGUGAGGCCUGGAAACGCAGAGGGCAAGCCCGUGCUGCUUUAGGUGAAUCUGCUGAGGCAAUUACAGACUUGACCAAAGCGUUGGAGUUUGAGCCAGACUCUGCCGAUAUCUUACAUGAAAGAGGAAUUGUCAAUUUUAAGUUUAAAGAUUUCAAAGGUGCUGUUGAAGACCUCUCUACAUGUGUAGAGUUCGAUAAGGAUAACAAAUCUGCAUAUACAUAUUUGGGCUUGGCCUUGUCCUCUCUAGGAGAAUAUAGAAAGGCUGAGGAGGCACAUAAGAAAGCAAUCCAAAUUGAAAGGAAUUUCCUCGAGGCUUGGGCUCAUCUAGCACAGUUUUAUCAAGACCUAGCAAAUUCAGAGAAGGCCUUGGAAUGCCUUCAUCAGCUUUUGCAAAUAGAUGGGAGGUACGCAAAAGCAUAUCACCUGCGGGGGCUGCUACUUCAUGGGAUGGGAGAGCAUAGGAAUGCUAUAAAAGAUUUAUCAAUGGGAUUGGCUAUUGAUAGUGCAAACAUUGAAUGCUUGUAUCUACGUGCUUCUUGCUAUCAUGCUAUUGGAUUAUAUAAAGAAGCAGUGAAGGACUAUGAUGCCGCUUUAGAUCUUGAAUUAGAUUCUAUGGAAAAGUUUGUGCUUCAAUGCUUGGCGUUCUAUCAGAAAGAAAUUGCAUUAUACACAGCGUCAAGGAUCAACAGUGAAUUUUCUUGGUUUGAUAUUGAUGGAGAUAUUGAUCCCCUUUUCAAGGAGUAUUGGUGCAAAAGGCUGCACCCAAAAAAUGUUUGCGAAAAGGUCUACAGGCAACCUCCUUUAAAAGAAUCUUUGAAAAAGGGAAAGCAAAGAAAGCAGGAAUUUACUUUCACCAAGCAAAAAACUGCCCUUCUACAGGCUGCAGAUUCUAUCGGCAGGAAUAUCCAGUAUCAUUGCCCUGGAUUCUUGCAUAAUAGGCGCCAGCACCGCAUGGCAGGAUUAGCUGCUAUUGAGAUAGCACAAAAAGUCUCAAAAGCUUGGCGUGCCUUACAAGCUGAAUGGAGAAACUCAACUAAAGGCACAGCAAAGUCUGGGAAGAGACUCAGGAGAAGGGACAAACCAAAUUCUAUUAGUUUAAACAGAGGUGGAGCUGGUUGUAGUACUAGCAGUUCCUCAGAAACAUCUACUUCAUACAGUUUGAUUGAUGAUAGGUCAACUGGACGUUCAGUGAUGUCAUGGAACCACUUGUAUUCAUUGGCUGUCAAAUGGAGACAAAUAUCUGAACCAUGUGAUCCAGUGGUGUGGAUUAACAAGCUAAGUGAGGAAUUCAAUACUGGAUUUGGGUCUCACACUCCUCUUGUUCUCGGUCAAGCCAAAGUUGUUCGCUACUAUCCCAACUUUCAGAGAACCUUGACUGUUGCCAAGGCUGUUAUCAAGGAAAAGAAAUCAGUGUGCAACAAGGAAGACAAGAUAAUUGAUCUUUCUGAACCACAUAAGUUACAAGAAAUAGUGGCUGCAGAGUCCAGCUCUGAUCUUUACAGAGUUGUUGGUCAAGACUUUUGGUUGGCCACCUGGUGUAACAGUACGGCACUUGAAGGGAAGCGUCUUGAAGGAACAAGGAUCACUAUUGUGAAAAUGGGUGAGAUUGGUUACGACUUUGCAAUUAGAACACCUUGUACACCUGCUAGAUGGGAUGACUUUGAUGUGGAGAUGACAUCAGCCUGGGAGGCUCUUUGUGAUGCUUACUGUGGUGAGAAUUAUGGGUCAACAGAUUUUGAUGUGCUUGAAAAUGUGAGAGAUGCAAUCUUAAGGAUGACAUAUUACUGGUAUAAUUUUAUGCCGCUUUCAAGAGGAACUGCUGUUGUCGGGUUCAUAGUUUUGCUUGGAUUACUCCUCGCUGCUAAUAUGGAAUUCACAGGAAGCAUUCCAAAAAGUCUGCAGGUGGAUUGGGAAGCCAUCCUGGAGUUUGACUCGAAUUCCUUCGUAGAUUCUGUGAAGAGAUGGUUGUACCCAUCUCUCAAAGUCAGCACAUCUUGGAAAAACUACCCAGAUGUCACAUCAACAUUUGAGACGACUGGAUCAGUUGUUGCUGCUCUGAGCACCUAUUCAGACUAAGGGAGAUACGUCAUUUAUCGUAAGUUGCUGUACAUAUGAAGGAAACAAAUUUCUCUACUCUAUUCUGCUGGAUAUUUAGGUUUGCUGUUUGUAGUUCAACAAAAUUUGGAGAACGUCCUUGUGUGUAAUGGUUUCCCUCGUAUUUCACCUCUCCAAUUUUAGUAGGAGUAUUCAAUUAUACUAAGACCAUGCACUUGACAAAGGGCAACUUAAUCUACUAAACAAAGGGGUGCGUGCACAAUAGUCUUGAAAUGAGAUUCUUCUAAUCUUUUUAGCCACCAGUACCAAAGGAUUGAAUUGUCGGUGGCUAAAAAGACUAGAACCCUCAUUUGGGGGACUCUGGUGCUACGCACGAGGAUUGUCAGUCAACUGGAUGUUUUUGGUCUCUGCCAACUUGUAGCAUCAUUGGAAUUAAAACCAAAGGAAAUUACUUAAAUUUUAAGUGGUUGAAGUAUGGGAUACAGUACUAACACCUUGACUCACAAGGGCAUGAAUGCAAUUUGGCUUUGGUAGUUCCUGUUCAUAAGCCCUAAAGUUUCUCUGAACUUGUUAAUAUAUUUCAGCAUCUAAAUUACAAUGCUUUUUAUUGGUGAGAACAAUGUGAAAUCUGAGGGUACAACUACUUGAGUGGGUUGCUUCCAUUUAAUGUCUUAAAUUUACCAUAUAUUCGCUGCAAAUAGGUUUCAUCUGAGAUUAUUUAUCCGGAGGAAUUUAGCUGGUCCAUUACCAGACUUGAUCCUGCUGUGGAUGAAUUGAGGCGAGAUGUUUUACAUUGUUGACAUUCUCCAAGUGUACCAUUACUUGUGAAUUGUUGUAUUUUAGUUGUAUUGUGUAUGAUCUGCUCUCUCAUUGUUUCUUUUCUUUUAGAUUACCAUGUUAGAUUUCAGGAUGAUUAUUGGAAAAGAAAUGAAUAAAUGGGUUUUCUAGUCU